UCAGGCUGUUUCGAAGCAAGUCCCGUGGAUGAAACACCUGUUCGGCACACAGUAUAAAACAGACCGCGCUCGUCCUUGGCCCGUCAGUACCUGCGGAGCUGCAGUCAACAUGAAGGCAUUCGGUAUUGGUAUCCUUAUUGUGGCCUGCGUCUGCCAGGCGAACGCUGGCGCCUUGGUGCGCGAGCGUCGGUUCCUCGGCCUGGCCCUGGACGCGGCCAAGGCGGGCAUCGGCGCGGCCAAGACGGCCACCCUCGUGGGCCUGGAGGCAGGCCAGGUCGCCGCCAACGCCGCCGCCACCGGCGCCAAGCUGGGCAUCAGUGCGGCCAAGGGCACGGCCGACGCUGGCCUGGGGCUGGCCACCGGCUCCACCACCCUCGCCGCCGGCGGCGCCCGCGGACUCGUCGCCGCCGGGGAGACCGUUGCUGCCCUUGGUUUGAACGGCACCCGCGCCGCCGCCAACAUCGGUGCCGACCUGGCCCUCAACAGCAUCACCGCUGCUGAGGAGGUCGCCGACGGCUUCGGCCUUGGCGGAGUCGCCGGCGCUGUCGGCAACGUCGCUCGCGGUGGCGUCAACUUCGCCCGCGGCGCCGCAGGCACCGGCCUCUCCAUCGGACAGGGCGCCACCAACCUGGGCGCUGGCGCCGCCAGGGCCGCCGUCCGCGGCGGAGAGUCGGCUGCCCGCCUCGCCAUCAGGGCUGGCCAGGGCGCCGCUGGCGUCGGCCGCCGCGUCGCCGACGCUAGUGUCGGUGCUGCGCAGACCGCCGCGUCCGUCGCCGUCGCCACCGGCAAGGGCGUCACCAAGGUCGUCGCCGGCGCCGCCGAGGACGCCAUCGACGCCCUGCGAGGCAACCAGGCCUGAUCGGCCUGUGCCAAGUGCCACCUGAGUUUGAGCGGCCUCCACACGAUAGUCGCCAACUAAAUAAAUAUUGAAUCACCUCAA